CCUAUGUAAUUAUAACUAUCAGAAUAAUCUGUCAAUUUCAAAAAAAAAUAUUAUUUGUCAAAAUUAGCUAUGUAGAAAAAUGCAUACAGAUCUUCACCCUUUCUGGACGGAUCCAUAUGACGAUAUAGCAGAUAUUUCUCUACGUACGGAGGAUACUGUCGAAGUAGAAAAAGAAAAUCAUGAUACGACCAAAGCUAGUUACAUAAAAUUUAUCAAGUCCAUCAUAAACCAACUUAUCAUCACUCAUCAACUGGCCUGUAAAAUGGAAGUGAAUUUUCAGAAUGCCGUAUUCGGUUUAGAUACAAAAUCCAUUCCUAAGAACGUAAAAGAUUUCAACUACGACUGGCUUCCGACUGAAGAAUCAUUAUUGGCAUUGGAAACGCAAGAAGAUAAAAUCGAAGAUAUUUUACCUAAAAUUUACACUCAACUUCAAACGAUGUCUGUAGGUCUGGAGGUAAUAUUCGAAAAUGAGAAUCACACUCAAUUCAACAGAUUAAAAACUUAUAUUAGAUCGGUUCUUUGUGAAAUGUAUAUCGCUAUGAAGGAUUGUCACUUGCAAUUACCCCCCGAUGUUUCACGAUCGGUUAUGCCGAAUGAGAUUCGAGGUAUGAAAGGAAAAGCAGAAAUUAAAAUUAGAAAUUGGAUCUUUUUUAGAAAUUUCAUUGAUAUUUCCAAAUGUAUUAUUGAUGUUUUAAAAAUAUUUUUAGUACAUAUAACUAAUAUCAAUUAAAAUCUGUUCUGUUUAAUCUUUGUCUUUGAUAUUAUUUGUAAUCGCUUUUCGUCUAGAAGAUUAAGUAAAAUCCUGAGUUAAAUAAGAAAGUUUAUCACCUAAGUGCAAUUGAGAUCUAUAAUAAACUUUUUUUGCGGUGAUGACAUGAUUCCCUACUUGUU